AAGUUUAAAAUGAAUUAAAAUGAUAUUUGUCAUAUAUAAAUUUAUAAACAAAAGGAGUUUAAAAAAAAGAAGAUGACGUAUGUCCUUUGUAAGUACAGAUUAGGCCGGUCCCUCCUGGCCUUUUGGACAUAUCAAGCGAUACAACUUCGUCAACUCUCACAUCCUUUUUAUUCAAUAAUUGUAUAGACUUUGUUUAUAUAUUAAUGAACUAGUUGGUCUCCUAUUGAGAACUAUAUUCCUACCAUCUAAGAGCAUGCGCAUCUACUUAUUUAGAAGGGGUCAUGGGCUCGGUAUCAUAUGGGCCAAAAUUAAAAAAAAAGAAAAAAUUGAUUUAAAUGAGUGAUCUGGUUCAUGGGAGUGAACCCGUAUGAUACGGGUUCAUGGCACGUGUCGACGCAAGAGUGGCCACGCGGUAUCGCGUCGAAGCGGAGAAAAAAAGGGAAUCGCGUGAGAGGAAUCAUUUUCUCUUCUCCUUUCGAAAACUAGGGUUUCUCUAUCUCGGAGGCGAUUUCUCGUGCGACGCCGACUGUGGGUGAUUUAGUGGUUCUAAUCGACGGCACACUCUCUCCCCGACGAGCUAAGGUCAGUAUCGAUAACUUUCACGGUUUGAUUUAACGGAUUUGGGCUCCAAAGGGUUGUCGGUGAAUCUUAAUCGAUUUGGGGGUUUCGAGGGAGGGUUCAAAAUUGAUAUGGGGGUUUAGAUUUAUUGUUUGAAAUCUUCAUGCGGGUUCGAUUUAGGGUUUGUUUAUGGGAUUUGAAAUCGAUUUGGGGGUUUCUAGUUAGGGUUCUUAAUCGAGUUUGUGUUUGCGAUUUACCGGUGAUUUUGAUCUAAUCAUUUAUGUUUCUGGUACAGAUGGAUCCCGCAGAAGAGAUAAGAGAGACAAAAAGGCAAAAGGAGUACAUCGAUAUGGUAGGUUUCGUGGCUGAUUCCGAAAACGGUAUUCCGACGAGGUGUCCCUGUGGUGGCACAAUCAUUCACGAGGUUCGGGGGAAGGACGACUAUGACACUCUUCCUGGGAAGCGUUUCUUCACCUGCAAAAACUACGAGGCUAACGGGUUACAUUAUCGUCAGCCUUGGGUGAUAGGUGUGGAGGAGCAUAUCGAACGUCUCAGUAAGCGUUUGGAGGAGGUUGAGAUGGUGAUCAAGUGGAUGUCGGAGCUCACUAAACAAAUUGAGAGACUGGAGGCAGAGGUUAAAGACCUAACUGUGCAGGUUGAUAACCUCAAUGGAGAGGUUUACAACCUCUCUGUGCAGGUGGCGGACUUGGAGAAGCUCUGCUUCGACUGAAAAAGAAAAGGUAACACUUAACUACACUGCUUAACUACACUGGUAGCUAGGUAGACGUAUUGAAUGGUCGAGUUUAAAAAAAUUAACUACAUUGGUAGCUAGGUAGACGUAUUAGAGUACAAUUGCCGGUUAGGUUGGUUGCGUAAUGAAUGGUCGACUUUAAAAAAAUGAUUUGAUGUUUAUUGAAUGCUAUCUGUGUAGUACUUGUUGUGUAAUUAACUAUAAUCAAUGUUAGGUGGUUAGGGUAUGUUUAAUUUGCUUGUCCUUUGAAACACAAUACUACUUUAAAAACAUAAGCAUUCCACGCAAUCCACAUCUGAAAACACAAACCAAAUUUUAAAAACUUUAAUCGAAAACCAAAUGGAUCCUUUUUCCCUUAACUCUCCCGGUUUUGUUAACCUCCUCACUUCCCAGAGUAGUCAGCCAAUAGAUUUAGGGUGUUCAGAGGUUCCUAAACCUGCUGAAAGGCGAAAGUGGACAACGAAAGAAGAUGUGGUGCUGAUCAGUGCUUGGCUCAACACCAGCAAGGAUCCAAUCGUGAGCAAUGAGCAAAAGGUAGGAGCUUUUUGGAAGCGAAUAGAGGAGUACGUAAAUGCUAGCCCUCUGCUUGCUGGCUCCGUUCCUAGGGAGUGGAGUCAAUGUAAGCAGAGGUGGGGAAGGGUGAAUGAGCAGGUGUGCAAGUUUGUGGGAAGUCAUGAAGCCGCUUUGAAGGAGCAGGCUAGCGGAAAAAACGAGAAUGAUGUCAUGAAGGCUGCUCAUGACAUCUUCUUUAAUGACUACCAUUCGCGGUUCAUACUGGAACAUUGUUGGAGAGAGCUUAGGUUUGAUCAAAAAUGGAGAUCACAGUCUGUGUCCAGAGAGGGUGCAAAGGAGAAAAGGAAGGAACCGGCGGAGGAGGUGGCUGCGGAGGAAGAUGUUAGGCCACCUGGUAUUAAGGCUAGCAAAGCAUCCAAACGAAAGAAGCACGGGAAUGAAGCAGCGUUUGAUCAG